CACCCUCCUUCCUCCAUGCGCCAACCACCACGCACCCAACCCCCGACGCCGCGCUGAGCUGCGGCCCGGAGGCCUCGUGGCCGUCGAUCGCCAUGGAGGUGGCACCCGCAGAGGCGGUCUCGCCGCGACCCCCGGCGGCGGCGGAGGAGGAGGAGGAACGCCGCGCCGCGACGUGCCUCCCCAGGCUCAUCGCUGGCGUCCUCUCCGGCAUGCUCACUGGCCUCUUCGCGGUUGCUGGAGGCCUCACGGGGGCGGUCACGGGCGCAUUGGCUGGGAGAGCUUCUGACAGCGGCGUUCUCCGAGGAGCUGGAUUGGGGGCAUUUGCAGGCGCUGUCCUGUCCAUCGAAGUCCUGGAGGCUUCUCGCGCCUAUUGGUGCGCCGACAGAUCAACCCCGCAGAGUACAUCAUCCAUGGUCCGCACGGGGGAUUUCGUGGAUCAGCUCCUUCAUGCUCGGUUUCUGGGAGAGCAGUAUGAGCCAGCAGUGUAUAUGGCAUAUCGUUGGCAGGUUGGUAUUACAGAGUUUGGCAAUGAUGAUCUGCAUGAUAUCCUUGGAGAAGUUUCAUCGGAUGGACUCUCACAAAAUAACUUGAAGAAGUUGCCGUAUCAUGUGGUGGUUGAUCAGAAGCAAGAGCCAAUGGGUGAAAACUUGUCUUGCCCUAUUUGCCUGCAGGAUCUUUUGACGGGGGAGACGGCGAGGAGGUUGCCACUGUGUUCUCACACCUUCCACCAGCCUUGUGUGGACAAAUGGCUCAUUGGCCAUAGUUCAUGCCCCGUAUGUAGGCAAGAUGUGUAAAUAUAUGGCAUUCCGGUUGUGUUCUCUUAGAAUUUAGUUCACAUGGCCAUGCAUGUAAGAUGUUUGUUCUCAUGGUAUAUAGAAAGGUAAAUAACAUUGUAAAUUAAGCCAUGCAUGUGUUUGUACAUUGAAAACAAAACGGCUAUGUACAUAAGACCGCCUGAGGAUCAAUUUUAGAGUUGAGGAAUGGUUUUCUA